GGAAGAGGAAGCCGCGUCCCAGCGCAGAGGAUCGGCCCCACAGCCCCGAUGUGCCCAGGCCAGUGCCCAUAGUGGGGCUCACUGUUCUCUGCUGGCAGGAGCUGCUGGAGCAGCUGCGGGCACCCCCCGACCCACGGCGCUGAGCAGCGGGGCUGCAGGAGCUGUGCCAGCCAUGGGGCAGAAGUGCAUGGACAAGGUGUCCUCCUUCCUCUUCGAGUACGACACCCCCAGGAUGGUGCUGGUGAGGAACAAGAAGGUGGGACUGACCUUCCGGCUGAUCCAGCUCGUGGUCCUGGCGUACAUCAUCGGCUGGGUUUUCCUCUACGAGAAGGGCUACCAGUCCCAGGACAGCAUCGUCAGCUCCGUCUCAGUGAAGCUGAAGGGGCUGACGCUGACCAACGAGAGCGUCGUGGGCCCUCACAUCUGGGACGUGGUGGACUACGUCUUCCCACCUCAGGGGGACAACUCCUUUGUGGUGAUGACCAACUUCAUUGUCACCCCUGGACAGAAGCAAGGAACCUGCCCAGAGCUGCCGGACGCGGGGCCCUGCUCGCAGGACAGCGACUGCAGCCGCGGAACGUACAGCCGCCAGGGGCACGGGCUCAUGACAGGCAAGUGUGUGCACUUCAACAGCUCCGUAAAGACCUGUGAGAUCUUUGGCUGGUGCCCUGUGGAAGUUGAUGACCAUGUUCCCAGCCCUGCCUUGUUGUCAGAAGCAGAGAAGUUCACCUUGUUCAUCAAGAACAGCAUCACCUUCCCCAGGUUCAAGGUGUCCAGGCGCAACUUGGUGGAGAGCGUCACCAGGCAGUACCUGAAGCAGUGCACCUACCACCGGCUGAGCGAUGCCCUCUGCCCCGUGUUCCAGCUGGGCUACAUCGUGAGGGAGUCAGGCCAGAACUUCACCCUCCUGGCCGUGAAGGGCGGAGUGGUUGGCAUCACCAUAGACUGGAACUGUGACCUGGACUGGCCUGUGCGCUACUGCAGACCUAUUUACCAGUUCCAUGGCCUCUACAAUGAUGACAGCAACGUGUCCCCAGGCUUCAACUUCAGGUAUGCCAAGUACUACAGAGAAGAAGACAAGGAGAAGAGGACCCUCUACAAGGUGUUUGGGAUCCGCUUCGACAUCCUGGUGAAUGGCAAGGCAGGCAAAUUCGACAUCAUCCCGACCAUGACCACAAUUGGCUCUGGAAUUGGCAUUUUUGGAGUGGCCUCUGUCCUCUGUGACUUGCUGCUGCUGCACUUCCUCCAGGGCAGGGACUACUACAAGCAGAAGAAAUUCAAAUACGCGGAGCAGGAGCCUCCCAAGGCACACAAGAAGGAAAAGGAAGUGGACAACGCACAAUGAGAGGGUCACCUGAAGAGGAGCAGUGGGUGGCAAGACAGCAGAAGUCACUGUGCACCUCUGUCUCGGCAGAAUCCAGGCUGACCUGCGCCCUCAUCCCUUUCCUCCUCUGCUAACACAUGGAUGCCAUCCCCUGUCACCACCCCAUGCCAGCCCCAAGGCCAGCAGAAGCAGCACCCAGCUCACGGUGACCUGCAGCCAGGCAGGGUCCGUCUGGUUGGGUGCCUUUGGUGGGACAUAGUACUAGGGGUGGGUUAAACUCCUGCUGGGCAUCAGAGAGCCACUAAGGCACCCUGGGGGCCCUCCACCAGCCCUGACUUUGCAGGUACUUGCAGAGGGCUCCGACUGCCCCCUGUCUGGUGUGCCGGGACCACGCCAGGGCAUCCCACACCCGGACGGCCCUGGGGAGAACAUCAAUGCUUCUCCUUCCCAAGGGCACCCUUGGACAGCUUCGAAUUGAGGGGAGGGGGCGGGAAGCCAGAGCCGUGCCCACUUCCUCGGCACGGGAGGAGCGGGGGCCUGCUCUGUGAGGAUGUGUUGUGCUACAAAAAUAAACCUUCCGUUUUUCUACUACA